AACGAAGUCGUUCGAUCCCCCGCAUAAACUAAACAGGAUAUUAUUUCAAAGAAAGUUAUUCCCUGCUUCAUGAUCUGUAUCAACAGCAUUAGAAUCCAUUUAUAGGAUUAUUUGGGUGAUUUAUAGUUGGCUGGUGAUUCUUGUGAUUUUCCUUCAAUCUCUUACAAGGAUACUUUGUUAUUACGAAUCCAGUCAAUGCUUUAUUAUGGCGCAUAAUAUGUCCACAUGCGUUACAUCUGUGUGUCCUUGGGAGUAACUUCUGUGUUUCGGGAUGUGUUAGAUUUUCGUUUCGUAUAUGGAUGUGAAGCACGGUAUUUGAAAUUAGAUAGGAAAACAUUUUGGAACGAUUUUAAAUCCCUAAUAUUUCAAAGAAGACUGGAUCUGUUUACUUGAAGAUAUUUAUUUUGAGUAUCUUUCUGGAUGACUUUCGUCUCAGUUUAAUCUUGUUGAGCAUGCCAUGCACUUCGAGACCGCUGUUUGCGCAUGUGAAAAGCCUCAAAAGCGUGUACCUCUGGCCUGUCAGUGGACUGAAAAUGACAACCCCGGCUCUCUUGCCUCGAAUUCUACUGCAGAUACGGGUAUCGAUUGCAGUCAGAAUACUUCUCCUUUAUAUCCACCAGUACAGUCACCUCACACCAUUACACAUCGUCAUAUGGGCAGAAGAUAUGGUUUCCCAGUUGGUCACGUAGCCUCGUCAUCGAGCGACGACCACCCACCUCCUGUACCACCCAAAACUGCGAACGAUAUUCCCCCACUUCCUCCGAAACACAUAUCCGGUCCAGUCCGACAACUGAAUGCUUCCCAUAGUGCUGAUCUUGUGGAGACUUGUGCGAUUUGCACAAGGAAUGCUAUUGACAUAAAUCGACCGUGUACUAACAAUAGAUUUUUUGAUAAACAAUCUGUGAAUGCCCCGAGACAGUCUCCAUUUUCAUUGAAAUGUGAAACAACUCACACUGGGUGUGCUAGCCAUUCUCAAUUCUCUGACAGCCUUGUGAGGAUUAAUUGUUCAUCUCGUAAAAGUGUAUUAAAUAAAUCCGAUAAGGAAUUAUCAGGAGGAAGUAGCCAUUUACAUAGUCUUGGGGUUAGUAAAAGCACUUCCGAUGCAAAGGUGACAAAGUCGGCCACAUGCAAGCGUUUUGAGAAGAAACAUGUUUGUUCAAGUUCUAAAUACCGGACAGCGAAUAUGUGUGAACUAGUGAGAGAUUCCAACUCGACAUCUGAUCUACCCACCUCCACUUGCACAUGUUCUUCAAACUUGUGGGGUUCUAAUGUUUUGGCCAAUAAAGUGGAUUCUGAAUGUACGUCGCAUCCAAGAUGUUUCUCUUCUGAAUAUCGAGGACUCAAUUUGAUUUCUAACCAUUUUGUAAACAGGAAGGCUUCUAACUAUCGUAAAGAUCUGGGUAACAUAAAUAAAGCAGGAUGCGGUAGCUUGCAGUGGAUUUCUGAGACUUUCCAGCGAAUAUUUCUUGUUUCUAAAAAUUCCAAGGCCAAAAAUCAAUUUCCCCAGUCAUCAAAUGAUAUGUUUUCACUUCCCAGGAGCCCAUCAAGUUCAAAUGAGGAUAAAAUAAGUGGACGUGUUAAAACACUGAUUCAGAAGAAAGAUCGUGAAUGGAAAAGAGAUAUUUGUAAUCAAAGACCGAGACGUAGUCUUCCUUUGCGUCACAAACGUUCACUGAGUUACAACAAUAACUGCACUGAGGGGACUGAAGUAAGUCCAAGUAUUUCAAAUGAGUGUGAGACUAGUUCAUUUUCUCAUCCACCCGUCAACCAUCAUUCACUGCCACCUAGAUCAGCAACUAGUCGCAGCUCUGCUGUCAAAUGCAUUAAUUCUGCGGUCACUCCAGACACAACAGAAAAGCAUUUCAACCGUCUUGAUAGCCUGAGCCCAUCCAGUAGUCGAGUAAGAACCAUCCGUACAUCAAAGACGGUAGGACUUAUUCCAACUAGAUAUCAAACUCCAAAGCUAUCGAAUAUGUGCAUGAACCAUAAGAGACCAGAGUCGGCUCUAGCGAUGAUGUGUGCGUGUCCAUCGUAUGUAUCCGGCCAAGCAAAUUGUGAUUCAGUAAACCCAAAUACUUCGCGCCUUCCGUGUGAAACAUCUAGUGAUCCUAACAAUGUCUUAAAAUGCACUGAAGAUAUUGAUUUUGGAGAACAUCCUACUACAAUAAUCGAUAAAAAUGGACAGAUACACCAUGUUCAUCAUAUACAUCACUUUCACCAUGUUCACCACCACCAUCAUCAUCACGACUGUACUGAUGUCGCUAAUAAUGUCGCCUCUUGUCCUUUAAGUCCAGUUACAAGUCCAGUCGUCUGUGAUCGACAGCGUCCACCAACAACUAUCGCGUCUGCUAUGGAUACUUGUAUUUUAGAGGAAACAUCAGUCAGUUCUCCCUUAUCCUGCCAAAAUGCUAAUAAUCAACCACCAGUAUGUACUGAUCAAGUCACUCCUGUUACCAGUUGUCAUACAUACAAUGCUUAUGAUGUCCGAGCAUCUGACAGCAUUAAUAUGUCUGUAUCCACCAAUUCUGUAUCACGAGAUUCCCGCAGUGCAUCUAUCCGAAGACUGUCAUCUACAUUACAGGAUAGUCGUUCAUCAUUUCAUCGAAGCAUGUUAGAACUGAGAAAGAUGGGCUGGUAUUGGGGGCCAUUAAGUUUUCAAGAAGCUCAAUUUCUAUUAGCCAAACGACCAGAUGGUAGUUUUCUAGUCCGUGAUAGUGGUCAUGAUACGCAUAUUUUGAGUUUAAGUUUUCGAGUACGCGGUGAAACGUAUCAUACAAGAAUUGAACAUAAUCAAGGUCGAUUUAGUUUCUGGUCACAACCACAAUCACACAGUGCAAAUACAAUGGUGGAAUUUAUUGAAAAGGCAGUUGCUCAUUCAGUUAAUGGACAAUUCCAUUAUUUCCUUCAAAGUAGCGCCCAGGGUCAACCACCUGUUGAAGUACCCCUGUUAUAUCCCCUUUCUCGAUUUCAAGUUGUUGCCUCCCUUCGACAUUUGACAAGAUUCACUAUUUUAUCUUAUAUUCGACGUGAUCAUAUUGAUCAAUUACCAUUGCCUAGAACUACAAUCAAUUAUUUAUUAGAAAAACAAUGUUAUAUUGAAUCAUUAGAAGAUUUUGAAGAAGCUGUACGUGAUCGUCCCCCAUUGGAGUUUCGUUCACGUUCAGCAAUUGACUUUAAUUCACAUAUAUCUAUACGUGAUUCACCAUCGGGUAAUUUAUCUCGACAUAGUAAUACGAGUAAUGGUAGUUCACCUAGUGAAGAUAGAAGUGGAGAAAGUCAUAUUACAGUGAGACAAAACAGUUGAUAAUUAUGAUAAUAAUAAUAAUAUGGGGCAUCUCUCUGCCUAUCUCUUACUAUUUUAUCAGUUUACUAUUAUUAUUUCAUCUUGAAAACAAAAGUUUAAGUUAUAUUUUAAUAGUUUUUCUUAACUAUAUGAAAUUAGAUGUAUAAUAUUAUUAUUAUUACUAUUACCACUAAUCAUUAUUAUUAUUGCUAUUAUUAUUUGUACGAUUAUUGGAGAAGCUACUGGUCAGUAGCAGCACCACACUCUCUUGAGGCGGCACCACAGCUAUGUAUAUUUUACGCGCUAUACAUACAUACUCUACUGUGUGUGCUAUGCUUAACAUCGUGUUAUUGCCUUUUUUUACAAAAUUCUUAGGAUAUAAUUUUUAUUUGUCAUUGUAAUAUUACAACUCAUAUCAUUUUAGAAAACUGCAUAGAAGCAAAGAAGAAAGACAAAUUAUAUACAUGCAUACAUACAUACACACACAUCAACACAUAUUUUCUCUUCUUCUUCUUCUCGUCCUGCCCCUCCCUCUAUCACUUGCUUCUCUGAUAUUACUUUCCAUUAUUUGAUGUGAAAUAGUUAUGUAAUAACAAUAAUAUUGAUAAUAAUGGUGCAUUUUAAGCGCUCUUGUUUUAAAUAUAAACAAUAACAAUUGUAAUAGAGAUAUUUUUCUGUAUUCUGCCCACCCCACCCCACCCCUCACACAUGCACCCCUCCCAUCCGUAUUCCACUCCUCCCCUUUGAUAUCCUAUUCCCUACUGCUUACAAAUUCACUGUAGAAUAAUAUCCUUAUUUAUAAUUAUGUUCAUUUAUUUAAUUGUAUAAUUAAUUUAUUUAUUUUCUUAUUAUCACCCUAGUCGGUGUUUGUAAUCUCUGGAUACCUGAGUUCCUUACACACAUGCAAACAUACACACACGGACACGGACAAACAUUCACAACUAGUUUUUGUGACUUUGUUCUAUCUUUUUCUUCUUUUAAACCGCAGUAUUUUUUAAAAAGAAUGUAGACUAAUAAUUCCACUACACACACACACACACAGAUCUCCUCACCCCUGGCAAUGGUCCCUGUAGGAACGAAUAUGAUCAUGAUGAUGGUGAUUUAUGUGGUGAUAGAGCCUAUUUCUUUUUCUUCUUUUACCGCCAACUAUCUCUAAUCAUGAUUGUGUUUGAAACUACACAGAGAGAGAGGGAGGGAGAGGAGGAGAUGGACUCUCGACGAAAAAGAGAUUGGAACUUACCUACCCACUCACCCCCCCCUUCACAAGCACACACCACACAACCUUCCAUUUAAUUCCUUUUUCAUGUGUGCCUGUUAUACUAAUGAUUAUGCAUGAUCCUUUGUUGUUUACUUAUUGACUAUUCAUUUUUGUCUUUUUUUUCAAUUCGUACUGUGUUACAGUGAUCUGCUUUGUUCGUUUUUUUUGUUUUGUUGGAUCAGCCAGUCAGGCUGUAUCAGUCGGAAAUAAUUCCCUGUGAUGAUGAUGAUGACAUUGAUGGAUUAACUUUAAGUGGGAAGACAGUCUCUGGUUGAAUAACAGUAGGGAUAAUCGUCGUCGCCGUCGUAGGUAAAUAGUGAUUGAUAGAUUUCCUGUGAUUCUAUUCGCGUUGUUUGCAGUGAUAAUAAUAUAAAGUGCUCUUCUUUCGAUGUUUUACUCGUGUCUGUGUGUGUGUGAGUGUGUACUGCUUGUGUUUUUCUUUCCGUUAUUUUUUCCCUUCUAAAACAGUUCUGUUCUGCUGUCAUAUUGUUGAUAUUUCUUCCUUUUUAUGUCGUCUCUAUGUCCUCGUUUGCUUGUCUGUUUAAUUUAGUUCGAUGUGAUCACACAAUGUAGACAAUGCUGUUAAUAAUAACAACUAAUUCUCACUGCCUUUUUUAUAAUUAUAGUAAUAUUUCUUUGUUCUUUGUUUCUAUCCUUCCUUUUUAUUAAAUAUAUAUAUAUAU